CAAGCAAUAUUGCCAGUAAGCGUUUUUCAACGAUAAGCGAGGAGGAUUUGAAGGCAUUGGAUCAUGACAAGGACUCCUAAAACACUAAACGCGUAGUUAAACAUGGUGUGAACUUGUUCAACGAAUUUCUUCGUUCCAAUGACAUGGAUCUUUGUGAUCUCGUGGGAAAUCCAGCGGAACUUAACAACCAGUUACUCUAUUUCUAUGCAUCUGUACGUCAGAAAAACGGCGAGGAACUAAAGAAAAAAUCUUUGGACAGUCUGAAGUAUGGAAUUUCCAAGCAUCUCUUAAGCACGUAUAAAAUUAAUUUGAAAGACCAGCAAUUUUCAUCAAGUAAUGAAACCUACAAGUCAAAAGUUAAGCAGCUUAAGCGAAGUGGACAUGGGAGUGUCGACCACAAACCUGUAAUAUCCGACAGUGAUCUGGAAAAAUUAAGUGGCAACAGUGUACCGUUUAAUAUUAACACUCCGUGUGGUCUUCAAAACAGGGUGUGGUUUAACCUAAUGUACUGCCUUCUGAGGAGAGGUCAAGAGAAUUUACGGUCCAUGACGAAGUCAACAUUUGCUAUAGCAACUGAUUCAACCGGGAGAAAGUUCAUACACCAGGUCAUCGCAGAAUCAACAAAAAAUCACGGGAUUGCCGAUAUGCCUGAUGAUACCACAGGAAAAGGAAAUAUCUACGAGCAGCCUGGCAGUACGUUUUGCCCAGUCCGAUGCUUUGAGAAGUACCUAUCUAAACUGAACCCCAAACUCGAAGCAUUAUGGCAAAGACCGUUAGAAUCAUUUCAAGAGACCAGUAACAUUUGGUAUUGUGCUGCACCAUUAGGAAAGAAUACUUUAUCUGGAAUGAUGUCUAGCAUUUCCAGACAGGCCGGACUUUCAAAAGUGUACACUAACCAUUGCUUGAGGGCUACAUCUAUUACAAAACUUGAUAGACAUGGUUUCGAAGCCCGGCACAUAAUGAGGGCUUCAGGCCACAAAUCAGAAGCUUCGAUACGAAGUUAUUCUACACAUUUAAGUGAAGAUCAGCAACGCGAUAUGUCAGAUUGUCUAAGCAAGCCAUUUUCAAAUAAAAAUGAUAACGCCACUGUAAAAAGUGAUAAUGACAUGAAUGAACUGUCUGAACAAGACCUGUUAAAUAUUUUCUCAGAUGAUAAUUCGUUUGAAGAUUUGUUACAUGUAACUAAUAAUGACAGUAUUCAAAAUGCAGUGCCAGUUGUCAGUAAUCAAAAUGUAUUGCCAGUUGUCAGUAAUCACAGUGCAUCGCCAGUUAUCAGUAAUCAGAGUGCAUUGCCAGUAGUCAGUAGUCCAAAUGUUGUUCAACAGCAAGUGAUUCAGCAGAGUUACAAUAGACUCACAGACAUUCACAGAACUGCUCCUCAGUUCACCUUUAGCAACUGUCAAGUCCAUUUUCACUAUCAUUGAUUAACUUGCUAAAACAAAAAGAUACUGUUUAAUACUGUUUAAGUAAUAAUACUGUUUAACUAUUGAAUUUUUAUUUUCUGUGAAAAGAAAUUGACUGUGUUAACCAGUCGACUUUUAUUUUUGUUAUGAAAAUAUAAAUGGUUAUUCAUUGCUGAAUUUAAAUACAAUUAUUGAAUAUUAAAAUUGUUCAUGGUUCUUAUAAAUUGUUCAAGUUUGAAAAGUUUGUUCGGUAUCGUAAAAUAAAUAUUACAUGUCUGACAGGAUGAACCCUGUCAGACAUGUACUAUUUAUUUUAUUUUACAGAACAAUUAAUAAGAAAUUGACUGUGUUAACCUUCAAAUCCUCCUCGUCAUCGUAGAAAAACGUUUACUGACAAAAUUGCUUACCGUUUUGUCGUCUGUUUACAACGUCAUAAAUUGCGUAAUAGUGAUAAGAAAUUGACUGUGUUAACCAGUGUACUUUUAUUUUUGUUAUCAAAAUAUAAAUGGUUAUUAUAAAUUGUUCAUGUUUGAAAAGUU